AUGGGAAGCAAUGCGAAAUCAGUUCGCCUGAAAGUAUUCGUGGACAAAAAGAAGAAAAAAGUGAUGUUUGCGGAAGCAGGUCAAGACUUUGUCGAAAUUCUCUUCAGUUUUCUCACUUUGCCUCUGGGAAAAAUCGCAAGACUCUUGACCAAUCACGAGGACGGAAAGAAUGUAAAUGUUGGAAGCUUGACUUCUCUAUACGAAAGUGUUGUGAAUCUUGACAUCGAGCGUUUCUCCAACGACGAGUGUAAAAUUGCGUUGGUUAAUCCAAGAAAUUCAUUGGCUGAUCUUUGUCAGAAACUGAAAGUAAACCUAAACGAGAUGAAGCCAACCAUCGAUGAUUCUAACGACGAUGAUUAUGGUGAUGCAGUGUUGAUCAAAAAGAAGGGAUCGUUCCUCAUCACGGAUGAUCUCAACAUUAUACAUGUCUUGCUCGACAAAGGCAUCGAACUCUUUAACACUCUUGGUGUAGAUUACAUUGAUUUGCUAGAUGAGAGAACCGUGGUUUUCGGCUUGGAAAAGUUUUCAAAUCUACUCAAGUGGUCAUUGUUAACAAAUAAUCCUYUGACGAAUCUCGUUCUUGGAGGAAGUAAAACRUUCCCGUGUUCAUCGUGCAUCACGAAUUCGACACCRAGUAGUUCACMUUUGCCKUCRAGUGAAUCGGUCCAGCCUCAGACGAUGAAACUACUCGUCCAGAAAUCAAAGAAGAAGGUCUUAUGUGCACAAGUCGAGAAGUUUUUUAUAGAACUGCUCUUCAGCUUUCUAACGAUCCCGUUGGGUGCUGUAAACGUUUAA